AGAUGGUAUAGGAUGGGGUGCGUCUAACAAUAGUGCCGCCGAUUAGAUUUGGCACACGCGGCCAGACCAUGUCGGCGGAACGUCCAGCUGCCAGUUCGGAUAAUCGGCGACUUAUGUGCGAGUUCUGCGGCUAUCGGACGCGCAUCCAUUGGAAUCUGCAGAUCCAUCGGCGGCGACACACCGGCGAGUUGCCCUUCAGUUGCCAAACAUGCCAGGCGCGUUUCCCGGCCAGCUAUCAGCUGAAAAGCCAUCUGGAGUGGCACUUGGACGCCGGCGAGCGACGCCAGCGGCACAUCUGCACCGACUGCAACGUGGGUUUCUCCAGUUCGCGGGCCCUGUACCACCAUCGGACGCUCCACGAGGCUGGGAAGCGCUUCAAGUGCUCCCAGUGCGACAAGUCGUUCGCUCAGGCGGCGGGCUACGCCCAACACAAGCGGAUGCACCGCCAGAGGAACCAGCGAGCCACCGGAACCACGGAUCUGAAGGAUCUGCAGACAAAGGGAGUGUUUUCAAGUGAUUAUCAGCGGCGCGAGUUUAACACGUUGCAUUAAAUUCUUAUUCAAAUUUAAAAAACGGGUAACCGAUUCGUUAUUUUUUUAUAUCACUUUCUAAAAGUCUGGUAAGAAACUGGUAACACUUGAGAGGAGCACAUUGCUUAGGUAUUUAAUAUACAUAGAUCAAAUAUAAUUAAUUUUGAA